AUGUAUAUUUCUGGUUGGGGAAGAACCGUAGACGAUAUACGGAGAUUUGUUAAACGUAAAGCUGAAGUUCCAGUUGACCCCCCUUUUUCCGUAGAAAUUUUUAUUGUUAACAAAGUUGGACGGCAACCACCAGCUCUAAAAAACACCGCAAUUAAUGGUACCAAGGUAAGAAAAUUUAACGAAUUUCCAUCAUGGACGGCAUUGAUAGAUCAUCUAGAAAACACCAUAACAAGACCGGGAACAUAUCUGCCCGAACCCGGUCAGUGUGGUAAUGUUAUUUUAAAUCCAAUUAAUGGUGACAACGUAACAAAAACUAACGAAUUUCCAUGGAUGGCAUUGAUAGAGUAUGAAAAAUCAGCGCAAUGCAUAAUCGAACUCCCCGGACAUUCGAAGCCGUUUCGAGUACGUUUAGGUGAAUGGAACACUUCAACAGAUAAAGACUGUGAGGUAGACACUCGUGGUAUUAAGAACUGUGCUGAUUCUUAUAUUGAUGUUACAAUAGAGAAAUUAAUUCGUCACGAAAAAUUUAAAAUUUUAUCAUUCGAAGGUCCACGGAAUGAUAUAGCUUUGAUACGUUUAUCACGUAUUGUUGAUUAUACCGAUUAUAUUCGACCAAUCUGUUUGCCACUUGAUGAUAUCCUCAAGGAAUCAACAUUUGACGGACACAAAAUGUAUUUUUAUGAUUGGGAAAUUGCAGAUUUCGGUCACGGAAUAGAGAAAAAUGUUAAACGUAAAGCUGAAGUUUCAGUUGUACCGUUAAAUGAAUGCAAAAGACUUUUUAGCCACAGAGUCGAUAUAGGGACCUCACAAUUGUGUGCUGGUGGUCAAAAAGGUAUUGCUCCUUGCCGUGGUGAUGCAGGUGGACCUCUUAUUGGAUUGGAUUUUUCUAAUAAACAGCGAGUUUACAAUUUCAUCGCUGGAAUAGUUUCAUUUGGGGUUGGGGCGUCUCCGUGUGGACAAAGAGGCUGGCCAAGUGUUUACACAAGAGUCGGUUAUCAUGUUGAUUGGAUUAAGCAACAUAUUGAACCUUAAAUUUAGUCUGAAUUAAAAAAAAAUAGAAUAUAAUUUUGUAAGGAAAACUAG